AUGUAUAUUCAUGCACUGCAGGAAGGAGGCCUGCUCAAGCUGUGGAAGAAGUAUGGGCUGGUGCUCAAGGAAGGCUUUCUCUACUUCCACCCAGCAGGAUCAGGUGACCUGUCAUCACCUGAACAGUACAAGUUUGUGCUUGCCCUCAACAACUCCUGGAAGGCAAUCUACAUGCAGCUGACGUCACUCAUGGGCAAGAAGAACUGCCUGGAGCUGGCGGGCGCGGCGCAGAGCUACUUGGUCUGCUUCGGCAGUGAGGCAGAGCGUGAUCACUGG